AUAAAUCUCAUAAAUGAAAUGAACCCAGACCCUUCUAUCAUCAAUGUUUCAAUUUAAGUUUGUUGUUGUUAGGAAUAAAAAAGGGAAGUAACCUAAUACCGAACGGUAAGGAAGGGCACAGUGAGGCCGAACGGUUCAAGAGAGGAGAAGCCGAACGGUAUGGACAGGGGGAAGUAUAGACCAAACGGUAUCCAGAAGGGAGGGAAGUAGAGGCGGAGUGGUAUGAUUAAACUAAUACCAAACGGUUGAUAAAAGGGAGGAUGGACUCGAAAGCCGAACAAUAUAUAUACGCUAGUACCGAACGAUUAUUAGUAGAAGCAGAUUGGAUUAUCAGAAAUGUUAGGGUGAGGGAAGGCAACACUAUAAAUAGUCUUCUUGUAACUCUAUUCAAUGAGGUUAUUUCAUUUUGAGUAUAGACUGGGCAUAUUUGCCAGUGGAGGAAGAUAGGCUUCUUUGGGGGAGAUUACACUUGUAAUUUUCUAUACUUUACAAAAUCAAUAAUACAUACAUACAUACUUUCAUUUAUGUUGUUCUAGUGUUUGAGUGAGAAGAGAGCAUAGAUUUAGGUUACUCGCAUAAAGUAACCUAACAGAUUGGUCCAACCUGCCGGAUCUGUUUCGGAGGGAAGAAGAACGAGCGAGGACAAUCGAUAGCAUGAAGAAUGGAGGGGAAAUUAAAUGCACUUGAAGGAAGAAUGGUGAUGAUGGAGUCGUCAAUGGAGGAAGUGAAGGCGGAGGUGCGAGCAAUGACUCUCGCGUUCCAACGAGCUUCAGGACGACGCACCAGGAACCAACAUAAGAGAUCUGAAGGAAGACGUGAUUUUGUCAAUGCUGGACGCACACAACGACCGCCGGAAAACUCGGAGGUGGAAUCGAAAGAAGACAGAGGAGAAGUUUGACGUAGUUGGAGAAAGCGCGUUGAACUACCCACAUUUGAAGGUGCGGAUCCUACGGACUGGAUCGCACAGGCAGAGGAAUUCUUCGAUCUCCAGAGCAUGACGGAGAAGGAGAAGAUGAAGCUCGUCUACAGAUGCAUAGAGGAAGGUUUGGCGAGCUAUUGGUUCCGCUUCUGACGGAAGAAAACUAGGCAUCCGACUUGGAAGAUGUUCACUGACUUGGAAGAAAACUCGUUGAUUUGUGCUCAGUGGGGCCUUGAGUUGGGGCGGGCCUUGAGUUGGAGCGAUGCGGUGAACAGUGAUUGCCCUUUUUAUGACAUAGUCACGGAACAAAAAGUUCAUGCAAAUAUGGAUGAACCACUUGAAGCUGAAUAUAAUACCACUAUGGAUGACAUGGUAUUGGGUGUUGCUCAGAAAGGUGAACAAGCAAGGAAAAUGUGUCUUGAAGACGGUUUAAAAUAUGGCCUCAAGAUUCGGCGUACUGCACGCACCGAACGUAGUGAAGAAACAGAACAAAAAAGGUGUGCAGAAAUGAUGGAUGCCAUGAAGAAGGUGGCGAAGCUGGACGUUGAGCGGAGGGUGGAAGAGAGGAACUUGUUCUCUGUUGGAUACAAAAAUGUGGUGGGGUCAAGGAGAGUUUUAUGGAGGAUUUUGUCAUCAAUAGAGCAGAAAGAGGAGUCAAAAGGGAAUGAGUUGAAUAAUAAGCACAUAAGAGAUUAUAGGCACAAGGUCGAGUUGGAGCUGUCUAAUACUUGCAGUGAUGUAAUUUUUUAUGAGCAUCUUAUCCCAUCCACUAAUAUUGCGGAGUCCAAGAUGUUUUAUUAUAAGAUGAAAGGAGACUAUUACCGGUAUUUGGCUGAAUUCAAAGCUGGUAAUGAGAAAAUGGAAGUAGUAGAUCAAUCACUUAAAGCAUAUCAAACAGCUGCUACCACUGUUGAGAGUGAAUUACAACCUACACAUCCUAUUCGUUUGGGUCUGGCUCUAAAUGUCUCUAUGUUUUAUUAUGAGAUAAUGAAUUCACCUGAAAGGACUUGCCAUCUUGCUAAGCAAGUGUUUGAUGUUGCCUAUGUUGUGACUGAUUGGGGUAGGAAUCCUUUUAACUAUGGUGCUUAUUCUUAUGUUGCGAUUGGAGCCUCAGGAAAAGACUAUGAUAUAUUAGGGAUACCAGUUGAUAACUACUUGUUUUUUGCUGGUGAAGCAACCUGCCAUGAGCAACCAGAUACUGUUGGUGGUACAGUGAUGAGUGGACUAAGAGAGUCUAUUCACAUAAUUGACGUUUUGAGCACCGAAAAGGAUUAUAUUGCUGAGGUAGAGGCAUUGGAAGCUACACGGGAGCAGUUAGACACCGAAAAGGAUGAAGUGAGGGAUAUAAUAAAGAGACUUGAUGCAGUGAGGUUAUCGGAAUCGUCCCUUGCUAAGUCCAUUUCUGAAAUGCUGGAAGUUAAUAGAAUCCAGGAAGAAUGGAAGUCAGUGGAGGAGGAUUUGCCACCACCCAAGCCUCCAGACCUGAAUUGGAGGGCGCCACCGAAGAAGAAGAGCAUUAGAUCAAAUAACAGCUCGCUGACUUCAACCUUGAGGACAAGGUUGAUUUUGAGGGGUGAGGUAAUGUUAGGAAUAAAAGAGGGAAGUAACCUAAUAUCAAACGGUAAGGAAGGGCAAAGUGAGGCCGAACGGUUCAUGAGAGGAGAAGUCGAACAUUAAGGCAAGUGAGGCCGAACAAUUCAUGAGAGGAGAAGCCGAACGGUAUGGAUAGGGGGAAGUAUAGACCAAACGGUAUCCAGAAGGGAGGAAGGAAGUAGAGGCGGAGUGGUAUGAUUAAACUAAUACCGAACGGUUGAUAAAAGGGAGGAUGGGCUCGAAGACCGAACGGUAUAUAUACGCUAGUACCAAACGGUUAUUAGUAGAAGCAGAUUGGGUUAUCAGAAAUGUUAGGGCGCGGGAAGGCGACACUAUAAAUAGUUUUCCUGUAACUCUAUUCAAUGAGGUUAUUUCAUUUUGAGUAUAGACUGGACAUAUUUGUCAGUG